AAUGACGUCAUGUACCAUCAAUAAUCAACAUGGCCGCUUCCGCAACGAUGCAAUUCGUCAAAGAAAACGCAGAAAACACGAGUCUUGAAAUAGUUACAGUAGAAAUGCAUACUGGUGGUGAACCAUUACGAAUUAUUUUAUCUGGCUAUCCAGAAAUAAAAGGCAAGUCAAUUUUGGAGAAACGACGUUAUGUUAAAGAGAACUUGGAUUACAUACGAAAGUUCUUGAUGAGAGAACCACGUGGACACCCAGAAAUGUACGGAGCGUUAUUGGUGACACCAGAUGACGAGAGGGCUGAUCUAGCUGUUUUAUUUAUGCAUAAUGGCGGAUAUAGUGUUAUGUGUGGUCAUGCAGUUAUGGCUUUAGCAAGAUAUGCAGUGGACUAUGGUCUUGUAAAAAUAAAUUCAUUAUCAGAGGAAAAUGUUGAAGUUUAUAUACAAUGUCCAUGUGGUUUAGUAAAAGCAAAGGUCGAUCUUACUAAUGGUGUAUCAAGCAACGUCGAAUUCACAAGUGUUCCAGCAUUUGCUUAUGAUGUUAACUAUAAAUUGAUGACAAAAUCCUAUGGAGAAGUUACACUUGAUAUUGGCUAUGGUGGUACAUUUUAUGCUAUCAUACCUGACACAGAGCUAAAUUUAGAUUUAAAAAAAUCCAGUCUUAGUGAACUUACAACAGCAGCAAAGGAAAUCUUGCAAAUUUGUCGUCAAGAUAUAAAAAUUCAACAUCCUUUGGAGGAUGAUCUUGCAUUUAUGUAUGGUGUUAUCAUUACUGAUGGUAAAGAUAAUUAUUUGCAGUUUAAGGAUGAGGCGACUCGAAAUUUAUGUUACUUUGGCGAUGGACAGGUUGAUCGUUCACCUACUGGCUCAGGAGUUACCGCUCGUAUAGCUGUCCAAUAUUACAAAUGUCAAAUCUCCCUCAAUGAGAUACGUCAGUUUGAGAGCAUUGUUGGCUCAGUGUUUACUGGAAGCCCAAUUGAAGAAUGCAAGUGUGGGGAAAGUCCAGCUGUCAAAGUUGAAGUUGGAGGGUUAGCUAAUUAUUGUGGAAAAGCCACUUUUAUCUUAGAGAAAAAUGAUCUAUUCCAAGAAGGGUUUCUUCUUCAAUAAUGCAUAUAUCAUUUGUUAAACAUGAAAAUUUAAUGUAGGUUUUAUAAUGAACUUAACAUCAUAUUAAUGCCUUGAGAAA